CCACACUCCCCACACAGAUAACAUUUACUUUUGUUUCCAUGUUCCUCUGGGUCAAUAUCGCUUCCCCAAAGAUAACACCCACGGUGCACAGAUGUUCGCUCUGCUCAUGAUAUAGCGUGUUUGUUUGAGAAUCAUUUGCAUGACCGCAAAUAUGACUACCAGAUAGGUUACCUGGCACAGCAUAUCUGUUGAAACUACGCAGAGCAGCGGGUUGGUGUGAGGCUUCGCCGAAUGUUUGAACAAUGAAUCAGUCAGACGAGUGCUGCGCCUUCGAGGCCCCCAUCCUGGACCAGGUCUUGCCUCCCAUACUCAUCUUGGAGUUCAUGUUUGGGCUGAUGGGGAACUUCAUCGCCUUGUGGAUGUUCAUCUUUCACAUGGACACCUGGAAGCCCAACGCCGUGUACCUGACUCACCUGGCUGUCGCAGACUCCAUCGUACUGUUCUGCCUGCCUUUCAGGGCAGACUACUACCGGCGUGGAAAAGACUGGCUCCACGGUGACGCUCUGUGUCGCAUCCUGCUCUUCCUGUUGGCAGCCAACCGUGCGGCGGGGAUCUUCUUCCUCACAGCCGUGGCUGUUGACCGUUACCUGAAGAUCGUCCACCCGCUGAACAGGAUCAACCGAAUGGGUCUGGGCUACGCUCUCUGGGUCUCCCUCGGCCUCUGGGGUCUGAUCUUUCUUGCUACUGGCUAUCUUCUUGCUAAUGAGCACUUCUUCCGCAGCAGCAACCGUACCCAGUGUGAGAGUUUCAACAUCUGCAUGGGUUUCAGUCCCCUCUCCACCUGGCACAACACUUUCUAUGUCAUCCAGUUUUUCCUCCCCACUGCGAUCGUGGCUUUCUGCACCAUCAGAAUAACGUGGCAGCUGAAAAACAGGACCGUGGACAAGAAGGGGAAAAUCAAACGGGCUGUUCAGUUUGUCAUGGCUGUGGCUUUAAUCUUCAUUACCUGCUUCUUUCCCAGCACUAUUUCACGCAUUGCUGUGUGGAUCCUAAAGGUAUGGUAUAACGAAUGCAAAUACUUUGAAGAGGCCAAUCUGGCGUUCUACACAUCUGUGUGUUUCACCUACUUUAACAGCGUCCUAAACCCUGUUGUGUAUUACUUCUCGAGUCCUGCCUUCAGCGGCACCUUCAAUAAGCUCUUGAAUAAACUGCUGAGGAGGAACAAGGACACAGAUCAGGCGGAUUCACCCGAGAAUGAGAUUUCCACCGUUGAUGGCAGAAGGUUAUAAAGCAGGUGCUGCCAUGUUUCCUGCUGACGUACCAGGCACACACUGUAUUUGAGCAGGUUACAUAUUAGAUAUGGAUAAAACUCCUAAUUAUCCAUGUUUAUUAUAAAACGCAGAGAGGAGCUUAUGCUGUGAUUGUGAACAACAAUUAUCCACCUAGAAUAACAAGUAGCGUUUGUGAGUAGCUGCAGUGUUUAAUUAUUAGCCCUUAACAUUAUAUUCUCAACUUGCAUGACGAAUGGGUGAGAUGUGCACUGCAUAUGCUCGUAAAGGUAAUAUUAUAUAUAAAUACACUCUCAGUGAUGUAGAUAUUAUAAUACUUUGAAUUGGCAGUCAGUCACUGAACAGCAAACGCUGAUUAUCUCCAUAAACAAAUAUUUACAGCCAAAGGGUAAUUCCUGUGGCUUCUGUGCUAUCAGCAAAUUAAAAAAUCAUCUUUUUCAGAGCGGCUAAAGUUUUCUGCCACACCUGAAUCAGGGAGUGCAGUGAGCAUGCAGUGCAUAUGAUAAAAUAAAACUAUAAAAGCGAUGUAUUUUUUAUUAUUGUUAUUUGCUGUCUCCUUUCAUUGUGUGUGUAUUUCUCGUUCACCCUAGUCUUUGUAUCCUGUCACAUUUUGUUGUCAGUAAAUACAUUAAACUUGACAUGGUA